UUUGGGGAUCGUGAGACCCGACCAAAAGAACUUGUGGACAUACCAAUAUCUCUAUCCCCCCAUCCCUAUCCCAGGGUGCGGCAGGUGCUCACUGAGCACCCAUAUCGUAGUCAAUGACGGCCGUCGCUCCUCCUCCGAACUUCCAAAAUAUAUCCCGCCAAGGAUGGAGUGGUGGGUCUACUAACGGCGUUGCGAAUGGGACCACGCCGAUGACCGAAGACUACAGGAUGUUUAUGCCUCGCAAAAGCAUCCAACGCGCCAACUCCUCCUCGUCACUAUCAUCCAACGCAUCUUCCACAUCCACCAUCUCCACCUCAUCGUCCCAGACAAACGGCGUUGGCUCCACACCCGCCGGCGAAGGAUCCACCCUAGCUGCUCGCAAAAAGGCUCCUCGGGGGCUAUGGCCGCCUUCGAAAACAGAACCCAUCUCUGGUAUAUCAACGGCAGGGCCACAAAGCAUCGCUUCUGCUGGCCCUAGACCAUCGGCUGCAUCCGCCAUGACGGCGCUCCAGUCUCCUUCGGCGAUGCUUCCCUCGCAGCACAAUGGCAACGUCCAGGGCCCCCAAAAUGGUGCACAGCGGCCGCAAUCUCAGGAGGGCGGUACUGCCAUCCUUCACCUGAUCCCCAUGAACGGCACAUUCGAGCGCAAGACUAUCACUGUGCCCUUCUUUCCCGAUGUCCUCCGCAUCGGCCGACAGACCAACAACAAAACGAUACCCACGCCGCUCAACGGAUUCUUCGAUUCAAAAGUUUUAUCUCGAUCGCACGCGGAGAUCUGGGCCGAUCGUAAUGGGAAGAUCUGGAUUCGAGAUGUCAAGUCGUCCAACGGGACUUUCGUCAACGCCCAGAGACUGUCGCAGGAGAACCGAGACUCAGACCCGCAUGAACUCCGCGAACAAGACAUGCUAGAGCUGGGUAUCGAUAUCGUGAGUGAAGAUCAAAAGACCAUCGUCCAUCACAAGGUUGCUGCGCGUGUGGAACAUGCUGGUAUUUACUCGAACAACGGGGGCAACAUCAUGGACAUGAAUUUCGGCGAGCUUGAGAAUCAGCAGAUGAACCUCAUGGGCGCUGGCGGUCAACAACCGAUGGGCAAUCCUCGUGGUCGCACCCCUAGUCAAGGAUCAAUCAACGGCAACAGGAUGCAGGGCCCUGGCGCUGCUAUGGGAAACAGUGUUGGCAUGCAACCGCCAAGGCACCCCAGCUUUUGGCUUCAGCCCAUCACCAUGGAGCAAGUCGUCAAGAAGCUUAACGCCGAGAUAAAAGUAGCAAGGCAGCAGUCACAAGAGCUCCAGCAGACCCAUCAUUACAUUCACUCCAUCCUGUCUGCCGACCCUAAGAAAGAUCAGUCAAAGCCAACUACCAACAACCACAUCAAGGUGUCUCCCAUCAAAGACAUCAAGGCAAGGUUCUCUGAGCCUCCUGCACCCCCACCGCAGCAACCUUUGCCUGAAAAGCCUGAUGCCCACCAGCCUUCUCUACGCAGGUCCGACACCGAGAGGCCCAAGCUCAAUGGGUCUCCAGUGCGUUCUGACGCACAAAUCACAACAUUAGCCGAAGCUUUGUCGUCAGCGAAGAAGGAACUCGAAUCUCAAAGUGCUCAACUGAAGACUCUGGAGGCUCUGCUCACCGAGGAACGUCGCGCAAGGGAGGAUGCUGAAGAGCGUGCAAAGCGUUUCGAGCGAGACGCUUCUAGAGAUUCUGAGUUGUCGGGACCUACAUUGGUCAACGGAGAUGAUGAAGCUUCCCAGAAUGCACCCAAAGAGAAUUUAAACGAGUCUCCGUCAGACGAGGAUGCUGCGCCCGCUCAUGCCGAUACAGCAUCAGAUCGCCUGCAGCAACGCCUUGAUUCCAUGAUGUCUGAAAUGAACGACAUGAAGCUGCAAAUCGAGACUUAUCGACUACGAGCCGAAACGGCAGAAGCUGAAAGUGCAACGCACCGUAAGACACUUGCAGAAAUGAUCGAAAAGAUCAGGGCGGAUGAUGCAAAGAACGCCAGCAACGCUUCGAAACGACGAAACCAGGCCGAGCUCGACAGUGCGAGAUCAAUCUCUAGCGAUGACGCGGGACAAAACGGAGAGGAAUACUCUGAACAAGGCGAAAUCAUGAUUAUGAAUGAGCCAGAGCGGGAGGCCGAAGACACAGAGUCGGCGCUACGAAAAAUCGUGGCUCAAAACGGACACACCGUGAGCCCUGCAGAUGCAGCAGCUCUGUCCAAGGCCACACAGGAGUUGGUCACACGAUCACAAAAUCGAAGUGACACGGCCCUCUCCCACGGAGCUCCUGCAAUGUCAAUACUUACUGUUGUUGCUCUUGGGGUCGCAGUCAUGGCCUGGUUGAACUCUGUUCCCAAGGUCGAGAGAUGAAAGCAUGCAUAGUAACGAUCUGUCCACUACAGCCAGGCUGGACAUCGCCGCUUCUGGGGAAGAUUUCAGUCUGGGGAAGCACCGAGAUUCAGUGCUUGAGCCACAAUAGUUGCAGUUGAGCUGUAGCAGGUGGCUGUUUGGAUGUAUGCAAAACAGCGUUUGAGCCGAACUGUAUACGAAAAGGUUCUUAUUGGAACGAACGCAAUCAUGGCCCUCUGCAAUAGACACCUUCACGAACACACCUGCAUUACGGACUCCAGCG